AUGACCAGCAGGAAGCGGUCUCUCGAGAGUGACUCUGUUUGGCCGCCCGGCGGUCUGUUUGGGCCCUCUCCAUGCCAGGGACAGCCUAAGCGGCACAGAGUGUACAAGCGAUGUUCUCACUCCUCAGCCUCCCUUCAGGCUGUCACUCCCCCAGUAGCCUCUCCUUCCCCUUCUCCUCUGCGACAGAGCUUCAUCCCAGAGAACAGUUUGCGGACGACAUUUGGACCCGACAGCUCCCUUCCUUUGCCCCAGCUAUCUGACAGAGCGACAAAGCUAUCGCGCGCGGGCUCUGAUUACUCCAGCCCAAUGUCGCACAUCACCAAUAGCUCCCCUGAUGAGAUUCAGCAUUCUACGCCGCUGAGAGUCAAGUUGGGCUUGUCCGCGAGCGCUGAUGGAAGGCCGAGUGUGACGCCUUAUCCUUCGCCCAAGAAACGCGGUCUCACUCACGAGCCUCUCCCCGUUGGCAAUCUCCAACAUCUGCUCUCGGGCUUGGGUAAUUUGCAGAUCCAGGAUCCUCCACCGAGCCUUCCAGGUCCGCUAAGCAGGUCCAGUUCUGCGCGGACUGGGAUGACGGUGCAGACCCCUCCAAGUGGCACGUCCAAAAGGGGUAUUUUCCGAAGCGGCACAGGUAGCUCUGAGUAUGCCGCCUUUUCUUCAUCUCCUCCCGGUGCGCCCCCACGCAAACGUCAAUUCAUCGCGCCCGCUGUCAACCACGGCUCGCCCAUCUCUCGCCGGCAGCGGAACUCGGUGGCCCCAGAACAGCUUGCCCCGUCGCUCCAGAAGUUGCUGUCCGAGUCCGACUCUGAGCCGGAACUUGAUGUGAUUAUGGUGGAUCCGAAAGACCUGGCGUGGCCGAAGCUGUGGGCAAGAAGGGGAAAGAAGACCGGGUGGGAGUAG